UAACUCAGCUUCACACAAGUACCCUGCUGCUCUGAGUUGCCACUCCCCUUCUCCCACAGGCGUGCCACAGUCAUCAUCUCACCAUGGAUGACAUCUAUAAAGCAGCGGUGGAACAGCUGACGGAAGAACAGAAAAAUGAGUUCAAGGCUGCCUUUGACAUCUUCGUUUUGGGUGCUGAAGAUGGCUGUAUCAGCACCAAGGAGCUGGGCAAGGUGAUGCGUAUGUUAGGCCAGAACCCCACUCCCGAGGAGCUGCAAGAGAUGAUUGAUGAGGUGGAUGAGGAUGGCAGUGGCACAGUGGAUUUUGAUGAGUUCCUGGUCAUGAUGGUUCGAUGUAUGAAGGAUGACAGCAAAGGGAAAUCAGAGGAGGAGCUGUCUGACCUCUUCCGAAUGUUUGACAAGAAUGCAGAUGGUUACAUUGACUUGGAGGAGCUAAAGAUUAUGCUUCAGGCCACUGGGGAGACCAUCACUGAGGAUGACAUCGAGGAACUUAUGAAGGACGGGGACAAGAACAAUGACGGCAGGAUUGACUAUGAUGAGUUCUUGGAAUUCAUGAAGGGGGUGGAAUAGACAGACACUGAUGGAGCCAUGUACAUGCACCCUUCCCUUGCUUUUCUCCCCUCCCCCAUCUGGCCUGGCACCUGGCACACCUGUGAGCACAAGGUCAGUGGCCAGGCCAGCCAGAGGAACUGUGGGAUAGUGGGCUCUCCAUGGUGCUGCCCAGGAAUGGAGAAACCAACAGGCAGUACCCACCAGCCUUGGGCACCUCUUCCCCAUACCUGUGCCCUUGGGAACCUGCUGCCUGCCACUCUGAACUCUACAAUGGCUGGAACCACUGAGCCACAGAGCCCAAAGCUAGCCCUUCUGCUAUCAUUGCACUGAGAUCCCUUCCUUCCCCUUCCCCAUCCCUGCUGUCUCUCCUUUGCCAAGCUUGGAGAAUGUCCCACCUUGGAUGAGUGAGAUUCCUGGAAUAAUGCAAAUAAAGUGGUUUUCCAGGAGGCCUGGCAUUCUCA